CCUGCAAACCUGUGUGCACGCGCUGAUCGAGGGCAGCUCGGACAGCUUCCAGAAGCUUUUCAUCAGUGCAGCCGUGAUCUCCAGCCGAUAGCAACCUCCCAGGAGCAACAGUGUUUGGAACUGUGCCAUGAGAAGCGACCUGUCCUGAAGGUCCUUUCACUCCAUGCAUCGCUACCCUCCUAACUUUGCACGAAUGGACCCUCAGGUGGUCCCGCCACUUCUGAGCAGCAGCCAGUCUGUGAUGAGCGGCCUUGAAAAAUCUCCAGCCAGCACCUUUAGACCUGGCCACUCGCGCACUAGCAGCACCGGCUCCUCCAAACACUCGAAACAGGGCCGUCACUGGGAGGUGAUGGAGGACCUGCAGCCUCAGGACAUAUACUCAGCGCCCAGCUCCUCUGGGGACCUCAGCAUCCCCGGCAUCUGUGAGGGCUACCUGAUGAAGAGGAGGAAGUACCCGCUCAAAGGCUGGCACAAGAGAUACUUCAUAUUGGAAAAAGGAAUUCUCAAGUACUCAAAGACGCAGCAAGAUAUUCAGAGAGGAAAGCUCCAUGGCUCUCUGGACGUCAGCCUGGCUGUGAUGUCCAUCAACAAGAAAUCCAAAGGCAUAGACCUGGAUGCUGGAGACAACAUCUACCACCUCAAGGUAACCUGCAACGUACGGGUGGUGCAGUCAAAUUAACCACAUAGACAACAU